GCUCCCGCCUUGCCCACGCGGGACCCAUCGCCGCGGAGGUGCUGUCAGCCCUAGGGGACCCCUUCCUCUGGGGUCCGGCUGUGACGAGCGCCGACUUCCGCCUCCGAGGCCUGAGAGAGGCGAGGCCCUGUGUGCGGGAAGCCGGAGUCCGGUUGGCUGAGGGAAGGAGCCCAGGCCCGGCAGCCAGGCGUGCAGGGGUAUCGAGAAGCAGCUGUUGAGCCCUCGGUGUGAGGCAGGAGUCCCUGAGAUCACGGUGCAGGUUCAGCCCGACACCAUCGCCAUGCCCCUGGGUCAGAGGAGUGAGCUGUGGAAGCUGGAGGAAGACCCCGGUCCAGGACCGGGACAGGGCCUGGAGGAGGCACAGCAGUGCGGGGCUGGAGGAGAGGAGACCCUACCUCCCUCCUCCGCCUCUGCCUCCUCCCAGUCCAGCGUCCCUUCCCUCUCUUGCUCGGCCCUGUCUCUGGGCCCCCAGGAGGAGGGCUCUGCUGCGGGGACCCCGAGUCCACCCCAGAGCCCUCAGAUGGCCUGCCCCUUGCCCGCGGCCAUGGCAGCCACUGCCUGGAGCCCGCCCGACCAGGGCUCCAGCAGCUCAGAUGAGGAGGGGUCCAGCACCGGGGAGGAGUCCGAAGAAGCCGAGCCCAGGCGCUCUGACAUACUCCAGGAGAAGACAGCUGACCUGGUGGGGUUCCUGCUCCUCAAGUAUCUCACCAAGGAGCCGGCCAGCCAGGCGGAGAUGCUGGCGAUCGUCGGCGAGGAUGAGCAGGACGCCUUCCCCGGAAUGCUGGGCCAGGCGUCCGAGUGCAUGCGGCUGGUGUUCGGCGUGGAGGUGAAGGAAGUAGACCCCACCGAGCACUCCUACGUCCUGGUCACUGUCCUGGGCCUCACCUGCGAUGCGAUGCUGAGCGGUGAGCAGGGCCCGCCCAAGACCGGCCUCCUGGUGGUGCUCCUGGCGGUGAUCCUCCUGGAGGGCGACCGUGCCCCCGAGGAGGUGGUGUGGGAAGCGCUGGGGGUCAUGGGGGUGUAUGCCGGUGAGGAGCACAUCAUCUACGGGGAGCCCCGGGAGCUCCUGACCAACGUCUGGGUGCAGGAAGGGUACCUGGAGUACCGGCAGGUGCCCGGCAGUGACCCUGCCCGCUACGAGUUCCUGUGGGGUCCCAGGGCCCACGCGGAAACCAGCAGGUUGCAGGUGCUGGAGUAUUUGCUGCGGGUCUAUCCCGGGCUGCCGGUUUCCUCCCUGGUCCCCUCUGAAGAGGCUGUGAGCCACGAGGAAGGGAGGGCCUGAGCCCCAGGGGUGGCUGUGGUGCGGUCCGGGCCCUGGCGUGGUGGGCAGAUUGUCCUGGGGGUUCCGGGCACGAAGUGAGGCUGUUUCUUGGUUCUUCCCUGUUGGUGUGUGUGUGUGUGUGUGUGUGUGUGUGUGUGUGAAGAGAGAGCCCUGGGAUUUCGAAGCAGUGCAGGGCCAGGGAGGUUUGGGGGAAAAUGCAGGGCAAAGAGCCUCCUUUGGGGAUGUGGAGGGCGGUUCCCUGCGAUGCCUCCCAAGUUCAGAGCUCGGUGUCCCUGGUGAGCUCUCCAGUGGGUUCCUUGGCGUAGGAGGUUUCAUUGGCUUCAGUGACUGAGUGUGUGCGUGACAUCCCCCAACACAGCGUUUGUCCUGACCCAGUUCAAGAGUUACGAGUUUUGUCAUGUCCCGGGGCCGUCUGGGGGACUCCGUUGGUUACGCAUCUGCCUUCAGCUCAGGUCAGGAUCUCAGGAUCUUGUGAUAUAACCCCACAUCGGGCUCCCUGCUCAGUCGGCCUGUUUCUCCCUCUUCCUCUCUGUGUGCUGUUUCUCGAAUAAAUAAACACAUAAAAUAUCUUUCAGCAAAAAGGAUUUUUGCCGUGUCCUAGAAACCAGCCUAGACACCUUGCCUCCUGUUUUGGGCUCUGGGCCAGAAUCACAGGGCUUGGCCUCGGGGUGGGUUGGGAAGGCGAAAGAACGGAAUAGGAAGGGGAAGGGG